CUUACUUCUUUUUUUCACGCAUCUUUUGAACAUUACUAGAUCAGACUGUUGUCGGGGCUCGUUUCCCCUUACACACAUAUCUCCACUCGUUCUUACCCCGAACAUCAAGUUGAUACUAUGGAAAGCAAACCCGAAUCCGAACCAAUUGACAUAGAGGAGGUAGAUCUCGUGUGUACAGGAGUACGCCACAUUGUCCGAAUCGAACGAACACCCUCACCACGCAUUCGUAAGAAGAAGCGCCCGGUUGAAGUCAUAGAUUUGGUUGGUUCAGGCGAGGACAAUGUCCUGGUCACUUCGUCCUCUCAAUCGAGUGUACCUACCUCACGUUCCAAUACAGUGUGCAUGACUCCAUCGCAGAGUGAGACAGAGUUGCAGCGUACUGUUCGUCGCGAGUUGCAAGUUCGCCGUGCUGCGGAACGCGUGGCCUUCUACUCUUCCAAGAGGCAGGCGAACGCUACCACGGUUGCGGCGCUGAACACCCCUGCUAGAACCGAUUUGAAGCGGAAAGCGUGCAUUCGAGAGGAGGCGAUCAUAAUUUUGUCAGAUGAUGAAAGCACUGUACCCACCAAGCGGCAAAAACUCGAAAGUUCCGUGCCUACGUAUAUACCUAAUGUGGAUCUCGACCUUUCAACACCUUCGCUUAUGGGUUGCGAGGAUGCUGAUGAAGACUUGACUGACUCUGACAGUGAAUGUGUCAGCUUUAUGGCUACCCUUGACAUUUCUGACGAAACGAAUUGGGCUCCUCUGCCACGCGGAAACAAGGCAGAAGACUUGACGCCGGAAUCCGUACCGUUACAUUCUCCCAAAGAGGGCUCAUCGUUAGAUGACUGUGUUCCACAAUUUCGUUCUGUUGUCAGCUACGACAAACUGCCACUCAGUCCCUUUAGGAAAGAUCGGUGGAGUCAAUUCAGCAAAGUUUGUGGGAAAGCGCGCUACCCAAAGCCUUUUCACCCAAUAUGCAGGAAAGGCGAUAUUCCGCUUUCUGGCUGUACGCGUUCACGAAAGCUUUACUACGACCUCGGGUAUGACAAGCUCGGCCUCAUAUCCGAACAUCCUCAUUUGGCAUCGGGAGGUACGCUGAUUCAACUUACCAGUAUCAUACAGGCACCUGGCAAAUUUAUUGUAGGUGCAACUGCAUCAGCUGGCACCGCAGAGUAUUCCGAGGAUGAUCAAGGUAAGUCUCCCCCUCCGGGUAAUAGAACAGGUGCACUUGUGGUGUAUAACCGUGGACAUGUCCAUAGGUUACAGGCGCACUGUCACACCCGCAUUACCGAUCAUGGUCCCGCGAUUAAAUAUUACAGUGUUAAUGAUGUGGCUUUCAAUCCAUUCAAUUCCUCCCAGUUUCUAUCAACAGGUCAUGAUUGUUCAGCAAAAGUUUGGCAAAUUAUGGAGGACGAGGGGUCCAGUCCGGUUGAACCGAGCCUGCUGCGCACUCGUAAGUCGUGUUCCCGUUCCGUGACUGUGCCGGAGGAACUAUUCUACAAGAGCGACAACUCCCUACUUGCUGUCUCUUGCACGGAUGGCACGGUCUCCCUCUUCCGUACCAAAGAUAUUUUUGAAGACAGCACCGAUUAUCCCGUUUCGCUGAAACAGUUUCGGGUCGCACCCAGUGGGACAGACCAAGCGACGGGUGCGACCACUUGGGGGGUAGGGCCAACAGAAGACUUAUUGUUCACGUCGUCCGAGCCUCCAGCGCCAAAUGACAUCGUCACGAGUUACCACCGUGUUUGGGAUACAAAGAAGCAGCGUCUCGCAUUUGAGCUAGACGCAAACGAAGCAGGCGAUGCCAUCGCUAUUAGUCCAGACGGGUCCAUACUUGUCCUCACCACGGUUGGUGCCGGGAAUUCUCAUCCAAUACGCCUGUACGAUAUCCGUCGACGUAAUCCCAAGGCAUAUGAAAAAGAGGAACUCGAAAGUUUUUGCAGACGCCCAUCGAGUUCCAACAUGGGAGAAGAACCGGAGGAAGUAGUACAUGUUAUAACUUUUUCAUCAGAUGGUCAUCUUUUAGCUAUCGCGCGAAGCGACAACAGACUACAUGUCUAUGACAUACGUGCGCUAUCCAAGGGUCCACUUUGCGACUUCCGACAUUUCGACUCGGAUGAAGGGGGUGGCAAUUUGUGUGGCGUCGCUCACGCGGCAUGGAUAGAGGGCAGAGACCGACGAAGGAUUGGGAUAGUGAGUGGUGGUGAUGACGGCUGCGUGCGGCUUUGGGAGCCGGCACUAUCUCCUUCCGAUGAUCUACAGGGAACCAUCUUGGGCAGGAACGACUUUGACGUCGCCCACUUUUCCAUUGGAGAUGGUUGGAAGGGCGAAAUGCCACUAGUGAUGUGAGUUUUUUCAUGUCCGUGUGCAAAGUGCUUGCUUUCUGAGCGAGUUGUAGUGGUGAUUCUGGAGGGGGAGUGAACACGUUUGAUCUACAGGAUGGUGAAGGAUGUAGGGAUAGUAAGACCAUGGUCGUCUACUAGACGGAUAUGAUUUUUAUUUAGUGUAGUACAUGUGAGAGAACGUAUCAGAUAGUAUGUUGAUGGGGUCGCAUGUGCCAUGCCGUGCAGUGAGAACUACUGAGAUGCCCCGUCGAUUGUUUGGCCAAAUAAACCAUGGCCCACAGGGGUCGACCAGGCCCUGCAUGGAAUAUCUACAUGGUCGUG